CGGAUCAGCUGACGCGUCCGGCCGCACCAGGUGCUCCAGUCGCUCGUCUGUACUGUGGUAGCACAAUGCAGAGAGGAGGUGCGGUGUUAUCGGCAAGAGUGAGGCAGUCGCGGCGGGACGCGUAGGACACACGCCUUGUGGAUACAACGGCAGCCAAAGCAAGAAGGGGUGGCGAUCUUUUUGGUUACUUGUCUUCAGUGUGGCUGGACUGGCAUACAGAUCGAUCCGUGCGUGCGCCCGCCCGCCCGACGCAAUGUUCAAGAGUGAUGCACCUGGCAAGACGGAUCAGCCCCACGAUAGGUUUGUUCUUGAAGCUUAAAUCAGUGAAGAGAAGCUCCCAGAAGACGUGAGAGGUUCCAUGAGAGACUGCUAAACCGCUUCCGAUCAUUGCUAUCCAAUCGUCUUGGCUUAUUGAACUUUGUAAACCUCCCUCCAGUUGACUGGGAUUUUUGGGACUACGGCAUGGCGGGGGAGAGGUUAUCCUUGGUAAUUUGCCGGCUGCUCCUAGGAUUACUAUUUGCGUCACUCACCGUUUCCUCCGUGCCGAACAGCGAGUGCCCCCAGUUGUGCGUUUGUGAAAUCAGGCCUUGGUUUACUCCACAGUCAACCUACAGGGAGGCCACAACCGUGGACUGCAAUGACUUGCGCCUUACCCGAAUCCCCAGUAACCUUUCGAGUGACACCCAGGUCCUUUUGCUGCAAAGCAAUUACAUUGCAAAGACCACCGAUGAGCUGGAGCAGCUGUUUAAUCUUACCGAGCUGGAUUUAUCUCAGAACAACUUCAGCAACAUAAAGGACGUUGGCUUGACCAACCUGUCCCAGCUUACGACUUUGCACCUUGAGGAGAACCAGAUCAAGGAAAUGCCCGAUCAUUGCUUGCAGGAUCUGACAAACCUUCAGGAGCUCUAUAUCAACCACAACCAAAUCAGCUCCAUCUCUAGUAAUGCUUUCUCUGGCUUGCGAAAUCUUUUGAGGCUUCAUCUCAACUCUAACAAGUUGAAAAUCAUAGACAGUCGCUGGUUUGAAUCCACUCCUAAUCUGGAGAUCCUCAUGAUUGGGGAGAAUCCGGUAAUUGGAAUAUUGGAUAUGAACUUCAAGCCACUAGCCAAUCUAAGGAGCUUAGUUCUGGCAGGAAUGGAUCUAACUGACAUUCCGGGAAGUGCUCUAGUUGGUCUGGAUAACCUAGAAAGCCUUUCCUUUUAUGACAACAAACUAGUAAAGGUCCCCCAGCAUGCUCUGCAAAAUGUUCCAAAUUUGAAAUUCCUGGACCUGAACAAAAAUCCCAUUCAUAAAAUCCAAGAAGGGGAUUUCAGGAAUAUGCUUCACCUGAAGGAGCUUGGCAUUAACAACAUGGUGGAGCUGGUAUCCAUCGAUCGAUAUGCCCUUGAUAAUCUCCCCGAGUUGACCAAAUUGGAGGCCACCAACAACCCUAAACUGUCGUACGUAAACAGGCUGGCGUUUCGUGAUGUUCCUUCGUUAGAAAGCCUCAUGCUUAAUAAUAAUGCACUAAAUGCCCUUUACCAGAAGACUGUGGAGUCCCUUCCAAAUCUCCGCGAGGUCAGUAUCCACAGUAACCCACUUCGAUGUGACUGUGUCAUACAGUGGAUGAAUUCAAACAGGACAAACAUUCGGUUCAUGGAACCUCUAUCCAUGUUCUGUGCCAUGCCCCCCGAAUACAGGGGACAAAAUGUUAAAGAAGUUCUAAUGCACGACUCGACCGAGCAGUGUCUUCCAAUGAUUUCUCAUGACACUUUUCCUAAUCAUCUAAACUUGGACAUAGGCAUGACGGUCAGUCUGGAUUGUCGCGCCAUGGCUGAGCCAGAGCCAGAAAUCUACUGGGUGACACCCCUGGGAAAUAAAAUAACGGUGGACACAUUAUCAAACAAAUACCGGCUCAGCAGUGAAGGCACAUUGGAAAUCUCCCGCAUUCAGGUAGAAGACUCUGGCCGGUACACCUGCGUAGCUCAAAACUCGGAAGGAGCAGAUACCCGAGUGUCGACCAUUCGCGUCAAUGGCACCCUGGUUGAUGGCACUCAGGUGAUGAAAAUCUACGUCAAACAGACUGAGUCGCAUUCCAUCCUAGUGUCCUGGAAGGUUAACUCCAAUGUGAUGACCUCCAAUCUGAAGUGGUCAUCUGCGACGAUGAAGAUCGAUAAUCCCCACAUUACCUAUACCGCCAGGGUGCCGGUGGAUGUCCAUGAGUACAAUUUAACACACCUCCAGCCAUCCACCGAGUACGAAGUCUGCCUCACCGUGUCGAACAUCCACCAGCAAACGCAGAAGUCCUGCGUGAAUGUAACCACCAAGAACGCUGCCUUCGCCCUGGAUAUUUCAGAUCAGGGAACGAGCACAGCUCUGGCAGCAGUCAUGGGGACGAUGUUCGCCAUUAUCAGCUUUGCUUCGUUUGCGGUCUACAUCGCUAAAAGGCUCAAGAGGAAGAACUAUCAUCACUCGUUGAAGAAGUACAUGCAGAAAACGUCCUCCAUUCCCCUCAACGAGCUUUAUCCACCGCUCAUCAACCUGUGGGAAGGAGACAGCGAGAAGGACAAGGACGGAUCCUCGGAGACCAAGCCCUCUCAGGUGGACACGACGAGAAGCUACUACAUGUGGUGAACCUCAGAGGACUUUGUUUGCUCCCCAUCCUCUCUCCUCCUUUUGGUCUCUCUCUCUUUCUCUCUCUUUCUCUUUCUCUUAUUUUUCGCUUCUCGUUCCAGGAAGCACAGAGACACUCUUUUUGCUUUAUUGUGCAAAAGUAAGAAGCUGACCGUUUUUGGUUUUUUUCUUCUUCUUUUUUUGUACUUUCAGCUUUGCUCG